UCGUACCGGAGUGUCUGAUGAAAUCGAAGGAAGGAAGAUUAGAACCAAGAAUAACAUGGUUUCACAUUUAACACAAGACUUUGAGAAGCUUAUUCUUGAAGAAAUUGAGAAUACUGGUAAACUAAAUACUUAUGAAUUCGCUAAAGAUCUGCAGAGAGACCAUCAGCUGAUUGUAGGAGCGGUAAAAAGUAUCCAAUCUGUAGGAGAAGUAAUCAGUACAGAACAACGGCAAGAUGAUAGACUUGUCCUGACUGAUGAAGGAAUUCAAGUAGUAGAUAAUGGAAGCCAUGAAGCUGUUCUUUUCAAUUGUAUCCCUGCUGAGGGCUUGCCACAAGCUGACAUCAAGAAACUAGGUCCUAAUGCAUCCAUUGGAUUCAGUAAGGCUAUGUCUUCAGGAUGGUUGAAAAUUGACAAAAAUGCCGAAGGAGGACCAAGAGUAUAUAGAAAGGUGGAAACCAUUGAAGACAAUGUACAGAAUUCCUUGGUAGAAAUCCUUAACCAUGACUACAAAAACAUUUCUGAUGCUAAGAUCAAAGAACUGAAAAAGAGAAAGUUAGUUACAACACAGGUUAUUAAGAGUUUUGAUGUUACAAAAGGAAGUAAUUUCAGUUUAUCUGUUCACCGACUUGAAGCAGAUUUGACAGCAGAUUUAUUAACGAGUGGAUUAUGGAAAACUCUAAGUUUCAAGCCUUACAACUUUGAUGCUCUGGGUGCAACUCUUCCAUCUGGCCAUCUUCACCCCUUAAUGAAGGUCAGAUCACAGUUCAGGCAAAUAUUUUUGGAGAUGGGGUUCACAGAGAUGCCAACCAAUAACUUUGUUGAGAGUUCCUUCUGGAAUUUUGACACAUUGUUUCAACCGCAACAGCAUCCUGCGAGAGACCAACAUGACACCUUCUUCCUUUCAGAUCCUGAAUUUGCAAAACUGGAAGAGAUUCCUGCAUCGUACAUUGAGGGAGUUAAAGACAUUCACGAACAUGGUGGUUUUGGAUCACAAGGAUAUCAAUAUGAUUGGAAAAUUAUCGAAGCCAAAAAGAACUUAUUACGAACUCAUACAACCGCUGUGAGCUCCCGAAUGCUGUACAAACUAGCACAACAGGAAACGUUCACUCCUGCAAAGUUCUUCUCCAUUGACCGCGUGUUUCGUAACGAGACUCUAGAUGCUACUCAUCUUGCUGAGUUCCAUCAGAUCGAGGGUUUGGUGGCAGAUCGCAAUAUCACUCUCGGUGAUCUGAUUGGAACAUUGUAUGAGUUCUUUAAGAAACUAGGUAUCAAGAAGCUGCGCUUCAAGCCUGCUUUCAACCCCUACACUGAACCAAGUAUGGAGGUAUUCAGCUAUCAUGAAGGUCUAAAGAAGUGGGUUGAAGUAGGUAAUUCGGGUGUUUUCAGACCAGAAAUGUUGCGGCCAAUGGGACUGCCCGAAGAUGUAUCUGUCAUUGCGUGGGGACUGUCGCUAGAGAGACCCACCAUGAUUAAGUACGGUAUUUCCAACAUCAGGGACCUUAUCGGUCACAAAGUGGAUCUGAACAUGGUCUACAACAAUCCUAUAUGUGUACUGGAAGCUUAGGAAUCGCAGACGGACUGCAAAACUGUAGAAUCGAUCGAUGAUUAUCCUUAGUCCAUGCUAAUACUUCUAUAGCACACCGAUCAAUCCUAUAUGUAUUCUGGAAACUUAGAAAUGGAAGCCCUUGUCCAUGGUUAUACUACCAUAGUACACCGAUCAAUCUUAUUUGUAUACUGGAAGCUUAGAAAUGGAAGCCCUAGUCCAUGGUUAUACUACUAUAGUGCACCGAUCAAUCCUAUAUGUAUACUGGAAGCUAAGAAAUGGAAAUCGGACUUCAGUACUGUAGAAUUGAUCGAUGAUUAUCCCUAGUCCAUGGUCAUAGUCUACACCGUUAAUUGAUAUUAUAAGGAUGUAUGAUGUUAACAAUAAACUAUUUUAAAUGCUA